CACUAACUGUUUUUUUUUAUUUCCAGUUAAAUUCAUCACCUCCCGUCGUGGCCGAAGGAUGCUAAGGAUUCGAGGGUACAACUACUACUCGUGCAGGUCGAAUGGUUCAAAGGCCAGGUGGAUCUGUUCUACCCACCACCGCCGCGGCUGCCGGGCAGUCGUCACCACAUACAAAGACGACGUCAUCACUUCGAACCUGAAUCAUACACAUGAGAGUACCAGCGUGGAUGAUAAUAGUUUGAAUAUACCUAUACGGCGGUCUUAAAAUAUAGUUGGGAUAAUCAGACAGUGGUCACUGGUCAGACGGCUUGAUAAAGUUUGCAGGAACACGCUGGAUGUAAAUCUUUAGAGAAGUCAACGUGGGGCUGCCAACUUUUUGUACGAUAUAUAAAGUUUGGGGAAGGAAAAUAAAGCGUGUUAUAGAAAUAAAAGUAGUAUUUUUUGUUUAAAUUUAAAACUUCGAAAUUUAAAUGUUUAGUUGUUAAAGCGAAUGUGGACGCAGAUGCCAAACUCAAAAAUACCUCGGACUUUUCAAAGUUACAUAUGUAUUGUUUGCUAAUCAUCACCCGCAAACAAACAAUCUAAAAAAUAAAUCUUCUAGCUCGACCUUUAAGUCAGUCUAUAUAAAGUUACAUUAGUCACUGCGUUUCGUUAUUGCUAUCACAGGCAUUUAUCAUGAUAAUACGAACGAAUGUAUAUUUCGAUAGUUAACCAUAUUAAAUAUAUUUUUAUAUGAUAAACAUAAUUUUUAUUAACUGCAAAAUUUUAGUUUUUUAAAAAAUGAAUAAAAUAAAAACAAAUGCAAUUUUUGCUACUCAAUGAACAAAACGCAAUCGUGACAAGUGUUGACAGCGUCCUACUGUUGCUUUUGUUAUUCUAUGGCACGGAAUUUGGAAAUAUAAACAUUGAAUUUUUAACUCUGUUAUUAAUUAUUGUAUUUUUAUCGGAAAGUAUUAAUAUAAUACUUAUAAAUCAUAAUAGGUAUAAGUAAUGGAUAAACGGAGAGUUAAAAAAGCCAUGAUCAAAGACGAGGUAUCUUUACUACUUGAUUUAAUACAAGAAAAUCCGAUUAUAAACGCAAAAGAAACAAACGCGGCCACAAAUAGAUUAAAGGAUGAUGCAUGGACAUCUUUGGCACAUGCAUUCAAUGCACGGAGUAGAACUAGGACUAGAACUAAAGAGCAAUUGAAAUUGAAAUGGGAUAAUUUAAAAAAAAAAGCCCGGAAAAGAGCUCAACUAAUAUCUAUGGAUCAACAGAUUGACAGUGCAAAACUAGCCUACAUGACACCAGAUAAAGUAUUAGACAAAGUGGCAGUACUUUUAGAAUCUAAUUACACUGUGCCCAAUGACCCAUUGUGUGGUGAUGGCAUCAGUCAUGGUAGCCCAGUGUUGGCAGUUAGCGGUGUUCCUACACACAUAGUCACAAACAAACCUAUUUUGGCCUUAACAGAAGUGCCUAUUGAAUUGGAAAAUGCCCAAGAUGGCAUGAAAGUAGAUGCUACAUGUGAAGGUGUGCAAGCAAAAAAAGAAAUAGAAUCAGAGGACUCCGAUUCCUUUAGUUCAGAAAGCUCUAGAAAUUUCUUUGACAUGCCUACAGAGCAACAAUCAAUUAAGAAGAAAGGUAAAAGAUCAGAAAAAGUAGAAAUAUCUAUCAUCAAACGUAAUUUAGCCAUAGCAAGAUAUUAUGAAAGGAAAAGUGAGAAAUUAGACUUAGAAAUUAAACUAUUAAGAUUACAACUAGCGAAGAAAUAGAAUAGUUGAAACAAUUACAGUGUAAUAUAGACUAGGUAGAUUAUAGUAUUAUAUUGAUCUAUAUAUUUAAAUUUGUUAAGUUUUAUGGUUAUGCCAAAUUCCACAUACACAUUAUCCAAAAAUAAUUGAUUCAUAUUAAACACGCUUGGUUAUUUUGGACGUAUUGCCCGCCAUCAGACAGGUAACCUUGUCAAGUUGUGAUGGGCGAAGUAGAAGGAAAGAGACCUCGCGGCCGAGCACCUAGCCGUUGACAAUAACUGCUCUCACUGGAUUGUCUGUUACGACUGCUUUAAAAGAAGCCGAAAGCCUAACAGAAUGGACAGACCUAAUACAAGAAACCACGAAGGGCUUUCAUGGACACGA